AUGUCUGAUGAUAAUGCCGCCCCCGCUGAGAACGCACCAGCUGAGAAUGCUGCCGCACAAGAGGAUAAGACAAAGUGCACAGUUUAUGUUGGCAGUCUUUCUUGGAGCACAAACGAGGACGGAUUAAAAGCAGUUUUUGAGAAGUACGGUAACAUCACAUCCGUUCGUAUCCCACGUAACGACCGCGACCAGUCCAAGGGCUUCGGAUUUGUUGAAUUCGAGAAUGAAGAAGAUGCCAAAAAGGCUUGCGAGAUGGAUGGAACAGAGCUUGAAGGCCGUGCACUCAAGGUUAACAUUUCCCAGCCAAAAUCUGAAGGCCGUGGCAGAGAUCGCCGCGGAGGUGACCGCCGUGGUGGCGAUCGUUACGGUGACCGCCGUGGUGGCGAUCGUUAUGGUGGAGAUCGCCGUGGUGGUGAUCGUUACGGUGGUGACCGUCGUGGAGGCCGCAAUGACCGCCAUGGUGGUUACUAA